CCUUGGGCAGGCUAUAUCAACCAGUCAACCAAAAAAAAACUGUCAAACAUUGGUAAACAAGAGCGGCAAUAAAGUUCAUCUGUGCGAUGGGAGAACAAGCUCAGGAUGAUUCCUUGCUCACUGCUCUGUGUUCCAUCAUAAGGAGUCAAUGAACUUCUUGUGGACAUUAUGAACAGCGGACUGUUUUUACUGGUGUUGCUAAUUGGCCUGCUGUUCCUGUCCUUGCUCAGAUCUGGAGAAUCUCAACACAUAGCAGAUGAAUCAUGCUCAGUACAGAUCCUAGUCCCUGGUCUAAAAGGUGAACCUGGGGAAAAGGGGGAAAAAGGAGAACCUGGAAGGAUAGGAAAAGUUGGCCCAGUUGGACAACCAGGACCUAAAGGUGAAAAAGGCUCAAAAGGCAUGAUGGGUCGCCAUGGCAAAAUAGGCCCAGCUGGGUUAAAAGGAAGCAAAGGGGAUGCUGGCGAUAUGGGACUGAAAGGGGAAACUGGCAAUCCAGGCUUACCCUGUGAAUGUGGCCAACUAAGAAAGGUAAUUGGAGAAAUGGACAUCCUUGUGACAAAGCUAACCAAUGAACUCAAUUUCAUUAAAAAUGCACUGCCCUCCCCUGCAGCUGUUGCUGGAGUACGAGAGGUAGAAAAUAAGAUUUACCUACUGGUGAAGGAAGAGAAGAGGUACACUGAUGCCCAUGAGUAUUGUCGUGACCGAGGAGGACUUCUCAUAAUGCCGAAAGAUGAGGCAACCAAUAGCCUCAUUGCAUCUUAUAUCAGCGAAGCAGGGCUCAGUAGAGUAUUCAUUGGCAUAAAUGAUCUGGAGGAGGAAGGUCAGUUCAUCUUUUCAGAUGGAUCACCCUUGCUGACCUUCAACAAGUGGCGGAAUGGAGAGCCAAACAAUGCCUAUGAUGAAGAAGAUUGUGCAGAAAUGGUAUCUUCUGGGGGGUGGAAUGACGUUGCCUGUCAUAUUACAAUGUAUUUUGUCUGCGAAUUUGACAAAGAUGUACCUUAAUUCAGUCAGUUCCUGAUGUAGCAUAUUAUUCCACAUCCUCAAUGGAUACAUUGGUAUUAGUUUUAAAAGCUAUGAUACCUCGAUGGAGAAUGAUUAGAACCACCAGAGUUUCAGUCUAGAUUUUAUUUUUCACUAUUAGAUAUAAAGCACAACUAAGAUAAAUGUAUUAACUAUUAGCAGAACAGUUUUCUUCUUUAUCUUUACUGAAAAGAAGACUGAAGAUAAUUUGGACUUUAUUUAAAGGCGAAGGUUUCUAAAGGUGGGGUUCUAAAAAUUGAGAGGUGCAUAUAAGCAGAUGAGAUCAUUUGUUUCACAGCAUUGCAUCAAGCCAAAAUAGCACUUCUUUUGGUAUUGAAAUUUUUCUUGCAAAUAAUGCCAGGAAUGAAGGGAUUUAGUUAUGUGGAUAGACUAAAGAAGCUGGAAUCAUUAUCCUUGGAACAGAAGUGGUUGUGUGGAGAUCUGCUAGAGGUGUUUAAAACUGUGAAGGAUAUGGACAGGGCAGAUGGAGAAAGACUCUUGAACUGAGAGUCCAAGAACUGGGGGAUAUGGAAUGAAGAUGGUGGGGGAAAAAAAACAAACGACAUGAAGAAAAUUUGUUUUACACAGCAAAUGGCUGGGGUCUGGUAUGCACUGCCAGGUAGUCGUGGAAGCAGAUUCAACUGAAAAGGGAGCUGGAUAACUAGUUAAAAGGAAAUAAUUUGCAGGGUCAUUGGGAGAAGGCAGGACAGUGGGACCAGUUGGAUUAAUUCUAUAUAUAGCCGGUGCAGACUUGGUGGGCUGAAUGGCCUUCUGUGCUGUAACAGAUUUGUGAUCCUGUGAACUUCCGUAGUCUCUCAAUGCAUGAUAAGCAAUUAGUUUUAUAAAAGGAAACAAAAGGCUUAUUUCUUGGGAAUCCUUCAGUUCAUGUCUGUUCCCUCUGGUUUUUGUGACAUCAGGUUUUACCUUCAGAGCUGAAUGAUUCAUGUGGCAAUCAUGGGCUUGAUGUAAGUUUAUCAUUUCACUGUAAAUUAAAUUUCUUAUUAAUCUUCCCUUCAUACACACACUCGCUAUGACAGUGGGUGUGGAUAAUGACAAUACUGCAAAAGAUUCGACAGCUUGAUAUAUCUCCAUUUUUUCCAAAUACCACUGUUGCUGGCAUUAUGUAAUCUUGCCUUUACUUUGGUCAACACCACUGAUGCAUUGCUGAUCUCCUGCACCAGCAAUAUUAAAAAUAUUUAGUACACUGAUAAAACAAUUUUUAUAUUAGAUUAUUUGUAUUGAGUUGAUGUGGUUUUGUAACCAUAAUGCACAUUGAAAUAGCUUGAUUGCCAAUGUUAAUAAUUAGAAGUAAACUGUAAUCCAAGCAAAGAAACUAGAGUAAUCAAAAAGUAAUACAAACUAUGGUGGGUUCAUAAUAGAUCAAGUGCUGAUCAUCCAAUGUAAUGGGUAUGGAAUAACAAAAAUUGAUAUCCAAGACUAAUUAUAUCUGUAUUGUCCACUCGCAUUUCACCGUUGGAUAAGAUAAAAUGUACAAGGUUGAAUAAAUUCAAAAGAAACAUGUACUGAAUAUUGUAAUAAACAAAAAUACUCUUUCUUCCAUGUGUAUUUAUUUCAAAAGUUGGAAAUAAAAGCUGUCCUUUCUUUUAUUGUUAUACUUUGCAGAAAUAUGAUUU